AAGGAAGAGGUAGCCGAGUUUUGGCAAAAUGUUGUGAAGCAGCUUAAUAGUAUAGGCCCACCAACCAAAGAUGUAUCAAGCUGGAAAAAGGUGUGGUUAGAUUGGAAGGCUUAUAUAAAGCGAAAACUGUCAGAAAACAAGAGGGAGCAAACAACAACUGGCGGUGGCCGCUAUAAGCAGCACCACUUUAAUGAGAUGGAAGAAGAAGUAAUCAGACUGACCGGUUUAGAGACCAGCACACACGGUAUCCCAGGCACAGUAAGUGUGGGACUACCUGCUACUGUCGAGGCAGAGAAUAGUGGACCCGAUCCGGACGUAUCCAUGCUGUCGGAUAACUGCAGUCCUUCUUUCACGAGACGUGCACCAACUGUCCAAAAGCGAGUCGGUACAAGUACUGCAGAUCUUCUAAAAGAGCAGCUAGCGCUUCAAAAGGACUUCCAAGCAAAGAGUCUGCAGCAUUUUGAACAGCAAGAUAUGAAGCUAGACAAUCUCGCUUCGACUAUGCAGAGAAUGUGUUCGGCACUGGAAAAAAUGUGCGACCUGAAAGCCGCCGACCUGGAAGAAACGCGUAGGCACCAUAGAAAUAUGGAGUGCUUGAAUGCGGCUAAAAAUGAAAUAAAACAACAAAUGUUAGAAGUCGAGAAUAAGAGCCUCGAAGCGUUGUCAAAAAAAAAAAAA